GCGGGCUCCGGGCGGCGCGAUGGCGGCGGCGGCGGAGGAGGCCCGGCUGCUGGCCUGGCUGCGCGGCCCGGCGGCGGGGCCCGGCGGCCCCGAGCUUUCCGCCUACGUGGCCGAGCUGGCGGCGCUGGGGCUGGCGGAGCUGGGCCGGGAGCCGGCGCGGCUGGCGGCGGAGCGGGCGCGGGUGGGGGCCGAGACCCGCCGCUUGGCCUUCGAGCACUACCGGGCCUUCAUCCGCUCCGCAGAGUGCACCGGCCGCGCCGGCCGCGGCUUCGGCGGCAUCGAGAGCCGCCUCGGCAGCCUGCUGGAGCGCCUGCCCGCCCUCCAGGAUGCCUGCCGGAACUUCAUGCGUGAUGCCGAGGAGAUCGCCUGCAGCCGCCGGAUGAACAGCCUGACGCUGAACCGGCACACGGAGAUCCUGGAGAUCCUGGAAAUCCCACAGCUCAUGGACACCUGUGUCCGGAACGGCUACUACGAGGAGGCGCUGGAGCUCGCUGCCUACGUGCGCCGGCUGGAGAGGAAGCACAGCAGCAUUCCUGUCAUCCAGGGCAUCGUGGACGAGGUGCAGCAGUCGUCCCAGCUGAUGCUGAGCCAGCUGAUCCAGCAGCUCCGCAGCACCAUCCAGCUGCCCGCCUGCCUGCGGGUCAUCGGGUACCUGCGGCGCAUGGACGUCUUCACGGAGGCCGAGCUGCGCAUCAAGUUCCUGCAGGCGCGGGACGCCUGGCUGCGCUCCAUCCAGGCCUCCAUCCCUGACGACGAUCCCUACUUCCACAUCUCCAAGACCAUCGAGGCCUGUCGUGUUCACCUCUUUGACAUCGUCACCCAGUAUCGUGCCAUCUUCUCAGACGAGGAGCCGCUGCUGCCCCCCGAGGGGCAGCCCCUCAACGAGGGGGCCAUUUUCCACAGCUGGGUGUUGCAGAAGGUCUCCGAGUUCCUGCAGACGUUGGAACGGGAUCUCCAGCGCAGGGUGGGCGGCCGCCUGGACUCGCUGCUGGGGCAGUGCAUGUACUUUGGUCUCUCCUUCAGCAGGGUGGGGGCUGAUUUCCGUGGACAGCUGGCCCCCCUCUUCCAGCGCGUGGCUGCUGCUGCCUUUGAGAAGGCAGUGGAGGAAACUGUGGAGAAGUUUCAGGAGGAGAUGAAUGCCUACACGCUCAUCUCCACUCCAGCUGUCCUGGGGGGCAGUGCAGGGGUGCCGAUGCCCUCGGCUCAGCCAGGAACGCUGCAGCCUCCCAUGGUCCUGCUGGAUUUUCCACCUCUUGCCUGUUUCCUCAAUGGUCUCCUUGUUGCCUUCAAUGACCUUCGGCUCUGCUGCCCCAUUGCCUUGGCCCAGGAUGUCACCACCUGCCUGGAGGAUGCGCUGGGCAAGGUGACCAAGACCAUCCUGGCUUUUCACCGGGCGGAGGAGGCGGCUUUCAGCACACAGGAGCAGGAGCUUUUUGCCCAGUUCUGCACAGUUUUCCUGGAAGAUCUGCUUCCCUACCUCAACCGCUGCCUCCAGGUCCUCUUUCCUCCAGCUCAGAUCGCUCAGGCACUGGGCAUCCCCCCCACCCAACUGCAGCGUUUUGGCUGGCUGGGCCGCAUCGACGUGGUUGCCCUGAGGGAGCCGUUGGCUUUCCUCCUGCCGGAGCCGCCCCAAGAGAUCCCCCCGUGUCUGGAGACCCUGCCCGGGGAAGGGGACAAGGUGCCCCUUGAGGAGGGGUCUUCACUGCCAGACGUCCCCACAACCACAGAGUAGCGGGGGGGGUGGCUGGGGCGGGCUGUGUCACCCUGAGACCCGUGUCUCCUGGGCGCGAAGAGGCCUCAUCGGCCCCGCCUGCCCCCCCGCUGCCUGUGCCCCCCCGCUGCCUGUGCCCCCCCCCCCGCCUGUGCCCCCCCCGCCCCGUGCCGCCCCUCCCCGAGUUCCUGCCCUGCCGGGACCGCGUGCUGCGAGUCCUCCCCGCCGCCAGGCGGCGCCUUCGCGCUCUGCCGCCUGCGGCUCCUGCCGCUGAGUCCUCCGCUCCGCCAGGCGUCGCACUCGCUCCCUGCCUCCGUGCGCCGCGUGGUCGG